AUGCGUUGUCUUUGCAGCGGCAGCGGCGUCGCGUCUUCUGUUCUUUCGAGGAGGAGGAGGAGGAGGGCAAACGACGCCGAGGAGCGAGGACAACGGGACCACGCGGAGAGGAAGCUGAAGAAGGAUGAUGCGAGGAGAAGGAGGACGGCUGUGUUGGUGUCGUCGAGUCGUAACGACCAAAACGAGUCGACGAGUGAUUUCGACGUCUACAUCGAAGAUACCGACCAUUACGCCGUGGUGUAUUACGCGAAUUAUUUCCGGUUUUGCGCGAGAGCGUUUGAAAAUAUGCUGUUGGAGAUGAGGAAUGAUGAUGCGACGACUUUGACGACGAGAGAAGAUUUAGGCGAAGAAAGAGGCGAGUUUUACGACGACGACGACGAAUUCGGCGCUUGGUGGUGCGACCACAUCGAAGAGGCGAAGUACGUAUCGCCGGCAAUUUUAGGCGAUCGUAUUCGAGUGGAGAGCACGGUGAUAGCAGAGAAUAUCAGCGACGACGAGAGGGAGAAGAGUUGGGUGGUGAAGCACUUGAUACGGAAGAUGGGUGGUGAUGAUGACGACGACGACGACUUUGCGACGACGACGGUAUCGUUUACGUGUCAAUCGCGGUAUAGGAGUCGUCGAGGAGGCAGGAAGAGCAGCAACUGGGAUAGAGAAAGUAGCGAUAGUGCGAGUAGUAGUGGUAGUGGUGGUAGUAGUAGUAGUAGUAGUAGAAGCGAAACAGACAGACGCAGAGCGACGAAUAUCCGCUUCUUUGCGUCUGAAUUAAACCAUCGUUCGGUGUGGCACGUCGACGUCCUUCGUUGGUUCGAACGAAACAGAACCGACUUAAUCGGCGGCCCGAAAGCGCUCGAGUCUUUAAAAUCUGAAGACGAAUGCGUCGUCGUCGUGUCUUCAAUCUCCAACGUGACCAUAUUCACCGACGUCAUAGAGGAUAUGAUUGUUCAAUCAUCUCGAGGGGCACAUCCAUCCUCUCUCCUCUCCUUUUCCUCGGUGCGAUUUCUUCGAAGAGACGUGCAGUGCGAAUUCGACCAACGCGUGGUCGGCCUCGCGGAUGCGCCAAACGACGACCUUCGAGUUGUAGCGUCUGGUAAAAUCACGUGCACUGUUUUGAAAAGAGAGAACAUGCGCCCGAGAAAAAGUCCGCGAGCGUUGAAAGAACGGUUGUUGGUCGCUUAA